AUGGGAAGUUUAACUUUUUUGUUAAAGCAAAAUCCCGCAUAUUGGAUGCGCCAAGCAUACAUCGACUUCAAAGCUCCUUAUGUAGGUAUGUGGUUCUUUUGGCGGCCAGCAUUGUUGAUCAACAGCCCCGAAUUAUGUAAAAAGAUCUUAAUAAAGGAUUUUGAUAACUUUAGAAACAGAUUUAUGAGCUCUGGAAAGACGGAUGCCGUUGGACAUAUGAAUAUGGUUGUUUUAAAAGACACUGCGUGGUCUACUUUAAGGCGUCGCCUUACACCUGUAUUUUCAGCCGCCAAAUUGAAACAACACUACAACAUUACACAAAUUAAAAGUAACAACUUGGUACAGCGUAUCCGGGAACUAUCAGCUAAGAAUAUUUAUUUUAAUCUAAGGACUGUUUCUGCAAAUUAUACCACGGAUGUUAUUGGAGAGUCUGCAUUUGGUAUCAUCAGCGACUCAGCUAAGACUGGUGAUAGUCUUAUGAGAGGGAUUGCCAGGGAGUUCAUGGAUUUUAAUAUUCACAGGGGAUUGAGCUGGUCGAGCAUUUUCUUUUGCCCAGAACUCGUUGAUGUAUUCAGAUUCUCAUUAUUUCCUAAAUAUACAAUACGGCGGUUGCGAACUAUUUUUGGAUCCAUCAUUGAGAAGAGAGGAGGAUUCCAGAAAAAGAUUAAUGAGCCCAAAGAUCUCUUGGAUUGCUUACUGAAAAUGAAACAAGAAGCUGCAGAGGAUGGAGAAGAAAUAAGUGAAGAUUUUCUACUUGCUCAAGCAUCCAUAUUUUUCUUUGGAGGCUUCGAAACAUCUGCUGCUGUAAUGAGCUGGAUUCUUUACGCACUAGCCUGGAACCCUCACUGCCAGGAAAAACUGUACGAAGAAAUCGUCGCUGUGAAAAAAUCUCACGAUGUUCAAGAUUUAGACGUAAGCAUCCUAACAGAGCUCAUUUACCUCAACUGUGUCAUUAAAGAAACCCUCAGAAUCUUUCCACCAAUAGGCUGGAUGGAUCGUGAAGCUGCAGAAGAUUACAGGAUUGAUGAAAAACUGACUAUUACUGCUGGUACACCAGUCUACAUAAAUGCCGUAGCCAUACAUAUGGACCCUCAGUACUUUCCUAACCCUAUGGUAUUUAACCCUGACAGGUUUUUACCAGAGAAUGAGAAAAAUAUAACGCCUUUUACUUUUUUGCCUUUCGGCGAUGGGCCCAGAAUGUGCAUAGGUAUGCGGUUCGCCUAUCAAUCAAUAAAGCAAGCCAUUGCAUCAAUAGUUCUAACGUUCAAGUUAGAAACGCUACCGAAUACACCUAAACUCAACGACGUUCAAGUGGAGCGCAAAGGGUUGUUCUUAUUGCCCUUAGAUGAUAACAUGAAAAUUAAAUUUGUGCCUAGAGAAUAA